AUGUCUCUAGCUGACAAAGCUCACCAAUGGGAGAAGAGCUUGCCCCAUGGCACAAUCACCACUUGGGAUGAAUGCAAGAAGGCCUUUCUUGCUAAGUUUUUCUCCACCGGUCGCACAGCCAAGCUUAGAGGAGAGAUAUCCAGCUUCAUCCAGCGAAACAAUGAGACAUUCGCAGAGGCUUGGGAGAGGUUCAAAGGCUACACAAGUCAGUGCCCACACCAUGGAUUCAACAAUGAAUCACUACUCUCCACUCUUUAUAGAGGAUGCUUGCCUAGGUAUAGGGAGAUGCUAGACACAGCUAGCAAUGGGAACUUCCUCAACCAGGAUGUAGAUGAUGGCUGGCAACUUGUGGAGAACAUAGCUAACUCAAAUGGAAGCUAUGGAGAAGAGUAUGAUCGCACCAACCGGAGCUCGACCCACCACUCGAUCGAGUCAGACGAAAAGUUGAGAAAAGAUGUUAAGGCAUUGAAUGAGAAGUUGGAUAAGCUGAUCCUAGCUCAGUCCACAAUGAAGAAAGUCAACUUUGUGUCUGCUGAGGAGAUGGAACCAGUCCAAGAAGGGGAGGAUACACAAUUUGCUGAGGUGUGCUACAUGAGCAAUGGGCAAGGAGGUUACAACAAAGGAUACUAUAAUUACAAGUCCAACCCUGCCAUGUCAUACCGCAACACUGAUGUUGCUAACCCUCAGGACCAAGUCUAUCCUCAACAACAAGCAGCUCGAUCGAGUCAAGCCACAACAUGGGUAUGGUCAAAAGAACAAUUACCAAGGACCACAAGGCACUUUCCCUGGACAACAAAUGAAUAUCCCACCAGGCUUCCCCACCAACCGCCCCAGCCUGCACCUUCACAAGAGAAUGAGCUCAAGGCAAUGCUAAAGCAACUACUUCAAGGGCAAGCUGAUGGGGUAGUGGACACAAGCAAGAAGCUAGCUGAAAUAAACUCUAAGAUCGAGAACCUCAACACAAGGGUUUACUCUCUGGAGAAUCAUGCUUCUUCUGUUGCUGCUGCUACAAAGCAAGGACAACUACCUGGUAAAGCUAUUCAGAACCCCAAGGAACAGUGCAAGGUCAUCUUCACUCAAGAAGGACUUGUUGAAGAAGAGGAUCAAGAAAGGGUCAUUGAAGAUUUUUGUUUACUGCUGAAUGAUGAAGAGAUUGUUGCUGCUGAGGCUCCUGGAGUCCAGAUUGAUCAACCAGAAGUGCAGCACCUACUGUGGCCAUUCACACUUCACCAGUUGAGCUCGCACACAAGCUCGAUCGGCAGCUCGAUCGAGUCCAACUCUAGCUCGAUCGAGUCCGACCUCUUCUGUCCCAAACCUUUUUGCUUGAUCCUUACCAACCGGUUGCCGCUUCCUCGUCUCGCCUACUUAGUCAAGGUCACAAGGAAUGAUAAAGUUUCAGAGGUCCUACAAGAGUCUACUCAUCAGUUCAACCUGCUUACUUCACCCACCUUCCUACCAAAGGUCAAGGAUCAAGGGAAAUUCACUCUCCCUUGCACACUUGGGCAUCUUGAGAUUGACAAUGCCUUAGUGGAUUCUGGAGCAAGCAUCAAUCUGAUCUCUCUCUCCAUGGCAGAGAAGCUAGGCAUUGCUGGAGCCUUGCAGCGCCCUACUACUUCAAUCAUGUUUGGAGAUGCAACUUCUAAGUCUCCUCUUGGAGUGUUCAAGAACUAUCACUUGAAAAUUGGAGAAUGCAUCAUCCAAACUGAUCUCACUGUGAUGGAAAUGGAAGAAGAGAAGGAUCUACCUCUGUUAUUGGGAACCCCUUUCCUUAGUACAGUUGGCGCUUCAAUAGACUUUCACAAGCAAGAAGUGAUCCUUCACAAGGUGAAUAGUUUGGUGUCAUAUCGCUUGCAGCCUAGAGGUUCAGACUUUUGUGCCACAAUUGACAGUACUCUCAGUUCUAAGAGUCAUGGAGCUACAAAGGUUGUGAAGGAAAGGGUUGACAAGGAACCAAGAGUUGGGAAGGAUAAGGAUGAGAGAGGACCAAGGAUUGAGAAGCCACGUCUUGAGAGGGCUAGAGUUGAGAAACCACGUCUGAUAGGCCAAGAGCUGAGACUUGUUCAAGCCCCUUGUGUGCUUGAUGAAGAGAGCCUUCAAGCUUUGUUUGAUGAGCCACUAGGAAGGGCUCUACAAGAAGGGGAGGAUGCAGCCUCUAAGGCAAGACCAGGAGAUAAAAGAAAGGAUCCACCAGCUCAGGCCCCUUCAGUCAAGCCAUCUCAGCUCACAAUGACUUUGUUCCCCACCAAGUUUGAAAAUGGGAAGAUUGAGUACAAGAUAAGGUACAAGGGGAGAUCAAGGCCAUUCUCUAGAGCCAAGGCCUUGGUGACUUCAGAACAGUCCAGGGACCCAACCAAGCUAAAGGAGCUUCUGUCUCAAGUCCUCACUAUCACCCUUGAUGGUGGGACUAGCUCAACCAAUGCCUAA